GGUGUCCUACUUAUCCUGCGCAUCCUCCUCCCGCUUAUCCUGCGCUGCGCUUCCUCCGCCGGAUUUGGUGCUCUCAGAUCUCUCUCUACACACAGCCACCCACCCCAACAGACAAGACUAGUCCCUUCCCUUGUAAUUAGUUUACAACAAAGAGCAAGCAGCACCGACUUGUCCUUUUCCCCUAAUUUUUCUUUCUUUCAGAAUCAUGAGCUGCUUUGGCUGUUGCGAAGACGAUGAUUUGCAUAAAGCGACCGACCAUGGAGGUCAAUACAUGAUGAAAAAUCCAGCAGGAAAUGAGGGAAGCCAUCAUGCCUCAGGAACUGCACCCAGAGGUGCUCAACCCGUGAGGGUCCAGCCUAUCGAAGUUCCUACCAUACCAUUUGACGAACUAAAGGAGAUUACUGAAGGCUUUGGGACCAGUGCUUUGAUCGGAGAGGGUUCAUAUGGAAGAGUAUACUAUGGGGUUCUUAAAAGUGGGCAGCAUGCAGCGAUCAAGAAGUUGGAUGCCAGUAAACAACCUGAUGAGGAAUUUCUAGCCCAGGUUUCUAUGGUAUCAAGGCUGAAACAUGACCACUUUGUUCAACUGCUUGGUUACUGCGUUGAUGGGGUUUCACGUGUUCUUGCCUACGAGUUUGCAUCUAAUGGAUCUCUUCAUGACAUUCUACACGGAAGGAAAGGUGUUAAAGGGGCGCAACCUGGUCCAGUUUUGUCGUGGGCGCAACGUGUUAAAAUUGCGGUGGGUGCUGCAAAAGGGCUUGAAUAUUUGCACGAAAAGGCUGAUCCCCACAUUAUUCAUCGCGACAUCAAGUCUAGCAAUGUACUCAUAUUUGAUGAUGAUGUUGCUAAGAUUGCAGACUUUGAUUUGUCCAACCAAGCUCCAGAUAAUGCAGCACGUCUUCACUCCACUCGUGUGCUAGGAACUUUUGGCUAUCAUGCCCCUGAAUAUGCAAUGACUGGACAGUUGAACGCCAAGAGUGAUGUUUACAGUUUUGGUGUUGUCCUGCUUGAGCUUUUGACUGGACGAAAACCAGUUGAUCAUACGUUACCACGGGGACAGCAGAGUCUAGUAACAUGGGCUACACCAAAGCUUAGUGAAGACAAAGUUAGGCAGUGUAUUGAUUCAAGACUAGGAGGAGAGUACCCACCAAAGGCAGUUGCAAAGAUGGCUGCUGUUGCUGCCUUGUGCGUGCAAUAUGAGGCUGAUUUCCGCCCGAACAUGAGCAUUGUUGUUAAAGCCCUCCAACCCCUGUUAAAUGCUCGUCAUGGACCUGCCGGUGAAUCACCAAACUUGUGAAUCUCUCAAUCUCCCUCUCUGUCUCUCUCCCAUUGCCUCUGAAGGUGUGUCGUGUGUGCAUGUAUGAGUAAUUCAGCAUGCAAUUAUUGUAACAAAGGGGAUAGAGUUCUGAGGGUGGUCUGGUGGUAUAUUGUUUGCACAAUGUUCUAUAUGCUUCUUUUUCUUCAUCUUUUUUUCCUCUUUUCGACAGAGAUGUACUAUAUUGCUUCAUUAUUUGCGGUGUAUUUGAUUUGUUCAUAAUGCAAGGUGGUAUUUCAUGUUUUUAA